UAGUUUCCUCUCAACCAGUGAGAACUCCGAUGUGCAGCGCGCGGGUUUGCGGAAAUUGCAGCAGACGAAGUGCAUGUGUGUAACGUUACUGCUGUGUUUUGUCUGUGUAGUUUAAUCACACACGGGAUCGAAUGAAACUAUCGCAGCAUGUUGAGCGCGACAUCAGACGGAGAACAUUCAUCGCGCUCCGCCACCGUCACAGCUCUGCUCGCGCGCAGACCUAUGAAGAGAGCCAGAGAUGAUGAGACAGAGCAGCAUCUACAGGAGUCCUGUGUGAGCCUGCUGAUGAGACACCAGAACACACCAGAGCUCCUGCUGGAGAUCACAUCACAUCAUAAAAUUAGAAGCAUCAGCUGUGACGGAUAUGAAGGGCUGGAGCACAACACAGGCAUCCAUACAUCUGUUCUGGAGAAUGAGCUUCGGAGGAGAUCGGAGCAGAUGGGGGUUCCGGUCGCGCUGCUGUCAGCGAGAGUUUUGCUGGAAAACAUCGAGGAUCUGAUCACACAGACAGACACAAACACAGAACAUGUGUUACUGAACACUAAACAGAGAUCUGAUGUGUGUGCAUUACUGAAGUCGGCUCAAGCGCUGAUGUCUGCUGGAAUAUUCAGUCCCGAGCUCCUCUGGCAGGAAUACUGGAAGCUUCAGCCCGUGCUGGAGGUGAUUUAUCAUCUACACACUCACAACAUCCUCACGCUGGACUUCAUGCUGGAAAGAGAUGCAGCUGUGAGCGCAUGGAUCACUGAUCAGCUGAAAGCUUUAUGUGCUUCCAUGAACACCACACCGGAUGACCAACAGAUACGACAUCACAUCCUCUCCACUGUAGUGUGUGUUCUGGUGCGGAGGGCGUUUGAAGACUCCGCUCAUAACCUCUCUCAGACAUGCUGCUGGAUUCUGGACUCCAUGAUCUCAUGGCUCCUGGACUCACUGAGUGUUAAAGGCACCGAGACGUCAGCCGCUGGCUUCUGGGUUCAAGUGUUUGACGUCUCAGUGUUUGGUGGCUGUGUUUCUGAAGACACAUUGCAGAGGUUCUUCACGCACACGCUCAUGCGUGUUUUUACAUACCGACCCAUUUAUAAAGUGUCAGAUGUCAUCGCUGUACAGAGUGAAUGGAGCUUUGCUAAAACGCUUCCAUUAUUGACGGCUCUUUUUUCGAAGAUCUGUCUUGUCUUCAGUGUGGAGUGUGUGCUGAGUCAGAUGCAGCAGGUCUUAGAGACUCAUGAGGUGAACUGGCGUCACAUUCUCUCGUGUCUGUCUCAUCUGCUGAUAUAUCACUCUCAGACACAGUGCUGCCUCACAGAUCUACUGUCCAGGCUGCUGAGAUCAGCGUUUGACAGUUACGAUGUGGAGAAGAUGAUCACGUUGUUCCUGUUGGCCCGUCAGGCGUCUCUCGAGGGUCCUGCUGUCUUUCCCCCAUACAGUGAUUGGUUUAAAUUGUCAUUUGGUGGCUCCAGCGGUUAUCAUGCUAAAGGCAAGAAGUCCACUGUGUUUCUCCUGAAGUUCCUGUCAGACCUCGUUCCUUAUGAACCACCACAGUAUCUAAAGGUUCAUGUAAUGCAUCCUCCGUACAUCGGAGGAAAGUAUCGUUCUCUGCUGCAAGAGUACAUCACCCUUGCCAAGACCCGACUGAGAGAUCUGAAGGUGUCGCUGGAGGAGACGGGGAUCUUUGAGGUGGUGAACGGAUCUGCUGGUGUGGUUGAAUGUCCAGCACAGCAGGAUGUUGAGAAGGCCGUAACACUUUUCAUGACCACCAAUAAGAUCCCAGCAACAGUGAUAGAGGCCAGUAUUUUUAGGAGGCCGUAUUUCCUGUCUCGUUUUCUCCCUGCUCUCCUCUCUCCACGUGUGCUUCCUGUGAAGUCAGAUGCCAGAAUGGUGUUCAUUGAGGCCUUGAGAAAGGCAGAUAAGAUUCCCGCCGCCCUGUACACGUCAUAUACAGAAUCCUGUCGGAGAGAGACGUACAGACAGAAAGAAGGUGUGUGUGAGUCGAGUGAGGACGAUCACCUGCUGGUUCUACAGGAACAGUUUCUUCAUUUGAGGAGAAUGAUGACUGAUGGGGCCACUGACGGUGAUGUUUGUGCUCAGCUGUCCAGGAUCUCUCUGACCUUGAGGAAUGUGCGUGCUGAUGAAGAGACAGGAAGUGAUGUCAUCACACUGAACCGGGAUUCACCUGACUCGGCACACGCUGCUGUAUGA